CUCAUUGUUUAAAGUCUCUUCCGACCGUUUUUUCCGAAUCAGUGAAUUUCUCCCGUCUAACAUGCUGUAAUGAAAAUUGGAGUAAUCGACAGGAUUGGGUGCAAGGGGUUGUUUUAGCAAAACGAAGGGGCAAGGAGGGUAGGGGAUGAGAAGGGAUGAUGCAUCGGCGACUGACAUCACAGGCGCCAGCGCCGAUGUUCACGGUAGAGGUGGAGAGUAAGCGAGGAGAGACGAGAGAAAAAGGAACAGUUGCUUGUGACGCCACUGGUGUAACAGUAAGCGGCCGCUCGUCGAUCGGAGCGGAGGUUAGCGUCGCACCUGCGUUGCGUUACAGAGUGUUCUGCUUCGGUGCGAGCCUUCCUGUCACUUUUGUGAGGGAACAACAGGCAGUGUGUCACAGCAAACAGUACGGAAUAACGUCGCGAAGAUGAACGAAAUGACUGAGCACAUCGUCAUGACGCCAAAGUGCAAGACAGCGAACUCCACGACGCUGAUAAUCGAGAGGCAAGCCCUGGAGCCCCCGACGGUGAACGGAAAUGAGAACAACGUCCACGUCGCCGGCGGCGACCACAAGGGGAUCGUCAUCAACAAACAGGCUGUGACCGUGACAAACGGCGAGGUGCAGCCUGCCCAACUGUGCCUGCAAUUCAGAGUGUUCCUGGUGAGCGCGCAAACCGGGAAGCACACGCAGGAACAGAGGACCCUUCAGUUCUGGUUUGUCGGCGCACUCGCUGAGACGGAACAGCCGAGCGUCGCGCAAGAAUUUUUCAGAGAACUCGUCACACCGCAGGAGUUUCCUAGAGAUUAUGUGGGAUUUAUUAAAAAGAUAAUGAAAUUGAUGCAGCACAAAUAUCCCAGCAUUAAAAAGCUGGAAGUAGAAUUAAGACAACUGGAAGAGCCAAUUACCCUUCCGAGCAGGCCAUCUACUGGUCACUUACUAUUCACACUUCCUCCCUCUGAGAAAGUUAUGUGGAGCUCAGUAUCCACAGACGAAACCGUCUUGGGUCAAGUGAUUGAACUAACAGUAGAAAAAGUUCUGGAACUUAUUGAGUCUGCCUAUCCAAAUCCAGUUACCAUAGUUGAUAUAGCAAGGGAACAUGGAUGGGAGCCAUUAGCUGUGGAGGCUAAAUUAAAAGAGCUUCAAGAAAAAGGGCUUGUUAAAGCGAUGGAUCAUGGAGCUUUCACUCGUGUUGUCCAUGAAGAUACUCAAAUUCAAGUGGUGAAGCAGAUGCCAACGGUAGCGAAACAACCCACCAUAGCUAUCAUUACAGCUCAAUACUGUGAAAAACUUGCUGUGGAUUCAUUAAUUGAGAACAAGGAAACUUUUGUCCGCUACACUACAGUUGGUACCGCAAGCUCACCAGAUACGAUUGAUGGGAUUCCGCGAGUGAUAUGCCGCUUUGGAGAAUCAAAUGUAUAUACCUUGGGCAAUAUCGGUGCACAUAGGAUUGUGUGCACUAAAUUGCCAACUGUGGGACACACCAGGGAAGCAAUGACCGCAGCUGGCAAUACCACUACUAGAUUGUUAGGUACAUUCCAAAAGGUGGAUUUCGUCUUUCUCGUUGGAGUUGGUGGCGGUGUUCCUCAUUAUACAGAUUACAAUAAACACGUGCGACUAGGUGACAUAGUAAUAUCGCAUCCAACGCCGCUCAAUAAGAAGUAUACUUACGUUUAUUGCGAAAGUGCCAAGAUGAACGAAAACGGGAGCUAUCAGUUUGAGACCAAGGAAUAUUGCCCGCCGAAUCUCGGUCUUCAAGAAAUUGCGGCGUCUCUCAAAAAACAGGCUGAAAACGAAGAGUUUCCACCGUGGCAAACGUAUAUGAAAGAAGGUCUACAAAAUCUGGUCAAUCAAUCAGAACACGAUUUUAACGCACCACCACCAGAAUCUGAUAAAUUGUACAUGGCGAUUGGAGAGAGGGACGUUAUUGAAGUAUCUCAUCCAACUGCACCUCAAGAUUCUAUAAAUAAAAGAACUGAUGUAGCCUCGCGAAUUCAUCUAGCGCCAGUAGCGUCUGGUCGACAAGUCGCGCGAGACGAUCAACUUAGACAAAAGUUUGCGAGUCGAUUCGGCGCGCUUGCAUUUGACGCGGAAAUGGAUGCUGUCGUAGAGAGCAUCUUGGGUAAUUGCCGCGAAAAUUUUGUUGUAAUCCGAGGCAUUGCCGAUUAUAAAGACGGUACUCGAAUCAAAGAAUGGCAGCCUUAUGCGUCAUUGGCGGCAGCCAGCGUAAUGAAAGCUAUAAUAUGUGCUAUGGAUCCGCCUACUAAUGAUUAAUAUAGUUUCUCAUCUAAUUUUUCGGAUUUUAUUUUACGUAAACGCAACGCGCAUAAUUUUUCGUAGAACAAAUGAGAUUUAGAAUCAAAGCAGCGGAUAAAUAUAUAUAUAGUGCACAAAAUGCACAAAAUUGAUCAGAUAACUGAUUAAUUUCAACAGGUUCCUUAUUAAAUUAUUUAUUUAAAGAUAAGUGCAAAGGGUCACGAAAUAUUUUAUCUUACAGCAUCAACGUGUUGCGCUCUAAUCUUACAACUUUAUUCAGUGCCAUUUUUACAAGCACUUUAACAAUAUUUUUCUAAAUGGUAUUUUUUAAUUCAAUAUUACAUUAUUAAUGUUGAAAUUAAGAUGACGGUCAAGUACUUUCGAUAGUAUCGAAAAUAUAUUUGAUUGUCAUUGAUUAUUUUUUACUUAAAAAUUACUUAAAAAUUUUACGUUGACGAAAAAGUAGUGCCAUUAUUAUUUAUUAUUGUCGCAUAACAUGCAAUUUUUCCAGUGAGAUAUUUUUAUUUGAAAACAAACUUAUGUACAAUAUGUUGGACAUAUGUUAGGAAUAGUAUGUGUUACGACACAUAUAUGUAUAUGUUCGACUUUGAACACCAAACAAUCAGAGGUAACAAAGACUAAUGACGCUUUAACAGAUCAUUCUCUAGAUAGGUAAUGAAUUAAUAGUGACUCUAUCUAACUUAAUCUAAUAGCGCUACUGUUGCAUCGUACUUGCUAUGAUUAGAAAUGAUUAGACAUUGCACCAGGUCCAAACGAGAUACCAAUUAGACAAGUUAUAAACUGUUCUAGUGAUAAGUAGACGCAACCGAAACUGAAAGUACAUUUAACAGUAUCGAAGUGAAAUUGUCGUUACAGUAUAUUGCUGGAGUAAUUAUUAAAUGUUUGCCAGAGUAUAUAUUGACGUUUUCAACAGAUAUGCAUUCUAUAUUCACAUAAUACACAUCUACAAAAAAUCAAUGAACAAAAUGCAUUUUUCUGAAGUCCUAGAUUACAUGCGGUAAAAUGCGCAACAAAGGUUUCUAUUACAAUGUGCCAACGUGUUCAUAUUUCUUAAAUUCACUGCCCUUUUAAAAUCUGGAUAUUAUCCUUAUGAAAAUUUUUUGAGACGAGUUUUUUUGUAUCUCUAUAUGAAAUUUAUUGGUAUACCAAUUCUUUCGAUAAUUAAAGCAUUCUAUACUUACAGGGUAGUGCAAAAAUAUAAUAUCCAAAUAUUAAACUUGAAUAUGGACCUAAAAAGAUAGAAGAAGAUAUAUAACAUAUAUAACUAAUUAUAUACAUGUUAAUGAUGAAAGAAAUCGUGAAAUUUUAGCAAAAGUCAAAAAUAAAAA